GUGACGUCAUCGUUUGUGCUGCUGGCAGAACGAACGUCUCUGAAACUACCGGAUCCAACAUGGAGAGGAAAGUUCUAGCACUUCAAGCAAGGAAGAAGAGGGCGAAAGCAAAGAAGUCGAGCAAGAAACAACCAGCCCACCCCAGGGGUGCAGCACCCCAGCAGCAGCCCCAGCCAGAGGCCUCUCCCCAGGAACCAGAUGAGCCUGAGGAGAUCUUAGGCUCUGAUGAUGAGGAGCAGGAGGAUCCCAAUGACUACUGCAAGGGUGGCUACCACCAUGUAAAGAUAGGAGACCUUUUCAAUGGGAGGUACCAUGUGAUCAGGAAGCUGGGCUGGGGGCACUUCUCCACUGUGUGGCUGGCCUGGGACAUACAGGUGAAGAGGUUUGUGGCUAUGAAAGUGGUGAAGAGUGCAGAGCAUUACACAGAGACGGCUGUAGAUGAGAUCAAACUGCUCAGAUCUGUGAGAAACACGGACCCUGACGAUCCCAAGAGGGAGAUGGUGGUUCAGCUACUGGAUGACUUCAAGAUCUCCGGCGUCAACGGGACUCAUGUGUGCAUGGUGUUUGAAGUGCUGGGGCACCACCUGCUGAAGUGGAUCAUCAAGUCCAACUACCAGGGCCUUCCUCUGCCCUGCGUGAAGAGCAUCAUACGCCAGGUUCUCCAGGGGUUGGACUACCUUCACACCAAGUGUGAGAUCAUCCACACUGACAUCAAGCCAGAGAACAUCCUGCUGACGGUGAAUGAGCCAUACGUGAGGAGGCUGGCCGCGGAGGCUACAGAGUGGCAGAAAGCAGGGGCUCCCCCUCCCUCAGGGUCCGCAGUCAGCACAGCGCCAGCUCCAAAAGCAACGACCAAAAUGUCCAAGAACAAGAAGAAGAAAUUAAAGAAGAAGCAGAAGCGUCAGGCGGAGCUGUUGGAGAAGUGCAUUCUGGAUCUGGAGGAGAUGGAGAAGGCUCCAGAGAGGGGGGAGGAGGAGGAUGAUGAAGAGGAUCCGGAGUCUCCCGUAUCUCCCAAGCAGCAGCGGCCAUAUUGUGCUCCUCUCAGACAAGUCUCCUUACAGGAAGUAGCCAGUCAAGACACAGCAGGAUGCAUUGCGGGUGCGGAGGUGACGUGGUUAGGACCAGAAGGGAUAACAACAGACGCAGAAGUGAACUGUAACGGUCUUCAUCCUGAGGACAAUGAAACGAAGGAGAGGAAGGCACAGUGGAGAGAGCAAGACCAACACAACGGUAACGUAGACCAAACAGGGGAUUGUCCUCUUCUUCAGGAGUCUCCACCACCUCAACCCGUGUAUAACGGCCUGGUGUCCCCGGAUACCCCAGAGAGUGAGGAGGGGAGUGGAGCGCCGACCAGGAAGGAGGCUGAAAUAGAGACGAAAGCAUCCGAGACUGAGACGAAAAGCUUUGGUGGCCGGGAGGAGCUAUCGUCCGAGGAGCAGAAGAAUCAGGAAAGGAGUCUAGUGGAAGUCACAGAGGAGGCGCAGUGCAGGAGUUGUGGAGAGGAGGCGCUGGAGAACGUCCAGUAUGGAGGAGAACAGGAGAGUCUGAAGGAUGCCAAAUUAGCAGCGGGGAACCUCCUGGUGAACCCUCUGGAGCCACUCAACGCAGACAGACUGAAGGUCAAGAUAGCAGACCUGGGCAACGCCUGCUGGCUGCACAAGCACUUUACAGAAGACAUCCAGACGAGACAGUACCGUUCUCUAGAGGUGCUGAUUGGCUCUGGCUACAACACACCAGCUGACAUAUGGAGUACAGCCUGCAUGGCGUUUGAGCUGGCCACUGGGGACUACUUGUUUGAGCCUCAUUCCGGGGAAGAUUACUCCAGGGACGAAGACCAUAUCGCAUUGAUCAUCGAGCUGCUGGGGCAAGUCCCACACAAACUCCUAACAGCUGGGAGAUAUUCCAAGGAUUUUUUCACCAAGAAAGGGGACCUGAAGCACAUCACCAAGCUGAAGCCGUGGGGGUUACUAGAGGUGCUGCAGGAUAAGUACGAAUGGUCCAUAGAGGAGGCUGAUUGUUUCGCUGACUUCCUCCUCCCCAUGCUGGAGCUGGUACCAGAGAAGAGGGCCACGGCCGCGGAAUGCCUGCGCCACCCCUGGAUCGCCCCCCAGUGACGGCCCCCCAGUACUGCAAUGCAAAACACCUAGGGCCUGUUCAGUCGGCAAACGUUUUUGAAUGUUGCAGCUAAUUCAAAUGACUGGAGCUGACUUAACUCAUUUUUCUACUCGUCAUUGAGGCAUGUUUGUUCUCCGCUAAGGAGUUCUAUCCGAACGUUCCAUAACGUUUUGCCCUGCUGAAUGCGGCACGGCCUGCUUUGCCCCUGAUGAAACCUUCCAACCACUGUAAUGUAAAACCCUGGGGCUAUGUUCAGGUGUAUGUAACCUCCAGUAAGCCCAACUCCGGUCCUCCAGUAAGCCCAACUCCGGUCCUCCAGUAAGCCCAACUCCGGUCCUCCAGUAAGCCCAACUCCGGUCCUCCAGUAAGCCCAACUCCGGUCCUCCAGUAAGCCCUACAGCAGCCUUUUGUUGUAGACCUGGACAAACACACCUGAUACAGCUCAUUGAGGACCUGAUGAAUAGUUGAAUCAGGUGUGCUUAUCUGAGAAUGUGUACUGUUGUGGAGUUGGGAAAUGACUCCAAAUGUGAAAGUAGCGUUUCACAUCCCUGAAUUACAUCCCUAGACGUAUACUCUCUAGUGGAGACAUCUGGCCACUGGGAUGCAAAUUAAACCUCUUACAAGAGACUUGUUGCAACAGAUCACUUUCCAAUUGGAUCAUCUGAGAUGGCUAUUUAUUUUGGGUUUGUAUUCUUACAUUUUGUUCUUAUUGUCAUCAAGGACUCUGUCUUUUUUUAAAUAUUUGUUUCUCCUUUUCUUUUCUUUUGUACUGAUGUUUAAGAAGCCAGUAGACAACACUGACCAUAAACCAAUCAUUUUGAUGGUCCAGAAUUCUGUGCUCUGUACACUUCUCACCCAUGUACACAAAGUAUGUGGACACCCCUUCAAAAUUAGUGGAUUUGGCUAUUUCAGCCACACCUGAUGCUGACAGGUGUAUAAAAUUGAGCAUGCAGCCAUGCAAUCUCCAUAGACAAACAUUGGCAGUAGAAUGAAUGGCCUUACUGAAGAGCUCAGUGACUUUCAACGUGGCACCGUCAUAGGAUGCCAUCUUUCCAAAAAGUCAUUUUGUCAAAUUUCUGCCCUGCUCGAGGUGCCACGAUCAGCUGUAAAUGCUGUUGUGGAAACGUCUUGGAGCAACAACGGCUCAGCCGCAAAGUGGUAGGCCACACAAACUCACAGAACGGGACCACCGAGUGCUGAAGCACGUUUAAAAUCAUCUCCUUGGUUGCAACACUCACUACCGAGUUCCAAACUACCUCUGGAAACAACGUCAACUCCAUAUUAAUGGUUUUGGAAUGAGAUGUUCGUUGAGUAGGUGUCCACAUACUUAUGUAGUGUAAGAUAACUUGUGAUUCUCACCACCAUCUUGCUUUGUUCUACCCCAGCACAAGACCUGGAGCAGAACACUAGUGCCCUCCACCACUUUUCUCUGUCAUAUAACUUGAUACCACUUGGUUUUUUCCUCUGAUAAAGGCUAACUAAUGUGUUACACCUUCACCCAUAAGGCAUUUUGUUUUGUAUUAGGAAGUUGCACACAGGGCAAACGAACAUGAACAAACGUGUAGGUUGCACUCCACUCUCUUUUCUGACUGAACUAUUUCUAGUUCUCCACAGGAAAUUAAUUUAGAGGACCGUCUCGCUGUUCGGAUCAGUAAAAUCCAUACCACCUUGUUUGUACAGAAUCUGUUAUUGUUCUACCUUGUCAUUGAUUCAUUCUCAUCGGAUCAGAGACUGGUUUUCUCAUGUUUUGUGGGUUUCAUUAAGUAAUAUUAUGUUCAUAAGAGACCCCCCCCCCAUCCAAAAUAAGAGAUUUUGAAAAAAAUAAAAUUGUCUGUGAAUAUAUACCUGUACCAAAGAGUUGUUCUGUAUAUUACAGCCAUGUAGAGUUAACAAAUCCUAGGUGUCCGAAAUGGCACCCGCUUCCAUUUACGGUGCAUUCAGAAAGUAUUCAGACCCCUUCACUUUUUCCACAUUUUAUAUUACAGCGUUAUUCAAAUAAUGGAUUAAAUUAGAUUUUUUCCCCUCAUCAAUCUACACACAAUACCCCAUAUUGACAAAGCGAAAGUAGGUUGUUAGAAAUGUUUUCACAUUUAUUUAAAAUUAAACUAUCACAUUUACAUGAGUGUUCAGACCCUUUUCAGUACUUUGUUGAAGCACCUUUGGUAGUGAUUACAGCUUUUAGUCCUCUUGGGUAUGACGCUACAAGCUUGGCACACCUGUAUUUGGGGAGUUUAUUCCCUGCAGAUCCUCUCAAGCUCUAUCAGGUUGGACGGGGAGUGUUGCUGCACAGCUAUUUUCAAGUCUCGAUAGAGAUGUUCGAUAGGGUUCAAGUCCGGGCUUUGACUGGGCCACUCAAGGACAUUCAAAGAGUUGUCUUGGCUGCGUGCUUAGGGUUGUUGUCCUUGCAUUCUGGCCAAAUAGUUCAAUCUCGGUUUCAUCAGACCAGAGAAUCUUGUCUCUCAUGGUCUGAGAGUCUUUAGGUGCCUUUUGGCAAACUCCAAGCAGGCUGUGCCUUUUACUGAGGACUGGCUUCCAUCUGGCCACUUUCAUGAAGGCCUGAUUGGUGCUGCCAAGAUGGCUGUCCUUCUGGAAGAUUCUCCCAUCUCCACUGAGGAGCUCUGGAGUUCUAUCAGAGUGACCAUCGAGUUCUUGGUCAUCUCCCUGACCAAGGCCCUUCUCCCCUGAUUGCUCAGUUUGCCAGGGCGGCCAGCUCUAGGAAGUGUUGGUCGUUCCAGCUCUAGGAAGUGUUGGUCGUUCCAGCUCUAGGAAGUGUUGGUCGUUCCAGCUCUAGGAAGUGUUGGUCGUUCCAAACGUCUUCCAUUUUAAGAGUGAUGGAGGACACUUCUUGGGGACCUAAAAUUCUGCAAACAUUUUUUGGUUCCCUUCCCCAGAUCUGUGCCUCAACACAAUCCUGUCUCGGAACUCUACUGACAAUUCCUUCAACCUCAUGGCUUGGUUUUUGCUCUGACAUCCACUGUUAACUGUGGAAUCUUGUACAGAUAGGUGUGUGCAUGUCCAAUCAAUUGAUUUUUACUACAGGUGGACUCCAAUCAAGUUGUAGAAACAUCACACGGAUGAUCAAUGGAAACGGGAUGCACCUGAGCUCCAUUUUGAGUCUAAUAGCAAAGGGUCUGAAUACUUAUGCAAAUAAGGCAUUUCAGUUUUCAUUUUUAAUACAUUUGCAAAAAAUGUCUAAACCUGUUUUUGCUUCAUUAUUAUGGGGGAUUGUGUGUAGAUGAGGAAGAACAUUUAUUUAAUACAUUUUAGACUAAGGCUUUAACGUAACAAAAAUGCAUCUGCAGAGAAGAAUGGAAGAAACUCCCCAAAUACAGGUGUGCCAAGCUGGUAGCAUCUUACCCAAGAAGACUCGAGGCUAUAGUCUCUGCCAAAGGUGCUUCAACCAAGUACUGACUAAAGGGUCUGAAUACUUAUAUACAUGUGAUAUCAGGUUUUCUAUUUUAAGACAUUUUGAAAACAUUUCUAAAAACCUGUUUUUGCUUUGUCAUUAUGGGGUAUUGUGUUUAGAUAGGUAGUUGGGGGGGCAAUUUAAUCCAUUUUAGAAUAAGGUGCCAACCUAACAAAAUAUGGGACAAGUCAAGGGGUCAGAAUACUUUCUAAAUGCACUGUGUAUAGUGCACUACAUGGGAAGUAGGGUGCAAUUUGGAACGGACCCUACUAUGUCUUAGCUAAAAAAAAAUAUUAGUAAAUGUAAAGUUUUAGUAACGCAUUCGGAAGAAGCGUGCAAAGAUCUUUUGUACGCAUGUCCAUCAGCUGUUCAAUGGCACUGUCUCCUAGAGGUCUGAACUCAAAAGAGUUUGAUAUCACACCAUUUUUCUUACAUGAAUGUCACUUGAUUUGUCUUGCCUCCCGAGGUAAAACCCACUUGGUCAUUGGGUAAAUACAUAUUUUCUGGAUCUACUACAUGUACCUGUCUCGUUGUUAUUACAUGAUUAGAGAUCCGUUUUUGUUUUGGUGCGCCCACCAUGCAUCAGGUCCGCGAUGGUCAUGAGGUGAAAUGUGUAUUUUUGGGAUGUGAGCACUGUUUGUUUUGACCUGACGAAGAUCUGUUUUGGAUCGAAGCGUUGUCCAUAAAGACGUGAAUUGGGAGCUUUAACAGUGUGUUCUUCUGUACCAGUAAUCUUUUAUUAGCCCAGCACCUAUGUUUUUAAGUAUGUGCGUAUGAACAUAAAAUAAAAAGACUAUUGAUAAUUAUA